CGGCGGUUUUGGAACCCAACGCCUCGGAGUUACCGAGGAAGACGGAUGACGUUGACUUCACCACGGAAGUCUCCUUGGAGGUCAGUCAGCAAUGGAGCUAUCGAGAUUGACUGCAGGGGCAGGUGGAGGGGUAGGCGAGAUGGUGGCAUCUCGUGGUCAGCGUGAAGAAGGCGUCCUUGCGCAGGGAGCAACACACGUGGAGCUUCUACAGGAGAUAGGUUUAUCAGAGAAUCUUCAAUGUCAGGCAGACGAAUGGGUCGCCUGGCUGGAAGACUCGCAACAGCAUAUGCAACAGAUUGCUGGAGCCUUGGCCUCCGUGGCCCAGGAUGGGUCAAUGGUGGAUUUGGGGGGUUCUACUAUGUCCACAUGGCUGGAGGAUAAGUGUCGGCAGUUGUCAACUAUCCUCUGGCAGAUUGUGGAGGAUCCGGAACUAGAGCCGUUUGUAGAUUGGCAGCGGGCGAAAACUCUGAUAAUGAAUUGUAACAUGAUCUACAGCGAAGGAGUUGAUUACUACGAUCAAUUGAAGGAGAGGCUGUUGAAUGAAACAUCUACGAUGGCGCGUGCGACCAUGAAGUCAGCAACAGCGACAAUCAACACGACGGCGCCGACUCCGCAGCUUGCAUCUGCAGCAGUGUCAGAGAUGUCUCUACCGAUUGAAACACCAACGACGGCGAUUGCAGCAACAACGGCAGUCAACACGACGACGAUGUCUCCGCUGCUUGCAUCUGCAGCGGUGUCAGCGAUGUCUUUACCAUUACCAAUGAAAACUUCGUCUCAAAUAACGGCAGUAAGGGUUGCGGACGUGACUAUUCACAAGAUUGUCGGCUACGACAACAACAACAAUAACAAAAAUAACAAAAGCAAUGACGUUAUGGUAAGGGCGAUUGGAUAUCCUCUCCCCCCCCCCCCUUCUCCUGCCCUUCCUCCUUGUCUUUUCGUGUUUUUUCGGGGUUGACUAGGGGGAGGGGUGAUUGGGCCGGGUAGGGUUUGCCCAGGUUGUUGAUCACCAAUAUGCCAUGGGGAAUACGGGAUUUAAAUUCGGUCACGUGGCAGGGAAGGAGUUGUUGGAAUAUUGGCACUGUUGCCUGUGCGAUUGAUUCCCGUUCUGUCACGUGUGUACUGUGAGUUGCCUUUUUUCAAAAACAUAGAUUUGUCACCGCAUAGCAGGGUAGGAGGUGCAGUGGUGUUAGGCACCCUGGGUUGUAUAUGUCGUUGUUCUGCUCCCCUACUACGUGGGUUCCUUGCCUUGGAUUUGACUACAAUAGGGCUUUCCUCCACUUGAGUGAUUUGAAGUUAAUUACGAUCGUAGGGGAAAGCUCAAUAUAACUACUGAUAAACUGCAAAAUUGUUUCGCCCUGCAAUCAAGUUCUUUGCCUUACUCGAGUCUCCCCCACUCCUCACGGUAGGGCGGAGCUUGAUGAUGCACACAACGGGGUUAAUCCUUCCCCACCUGUGGAAGCAAUCAAUGCCCCGAGAUUAC